GACUUCGAUGCUACGUCGUCCACCAAUCGCGAACAUUUUCCGUCCAGUAUGAACAUGGCGGCGCUACACUGUGAGUUCGAUGAUCUGGUGCACAUCAAAAAGCAGCUUCUUUCUGUUACAUGGCUGUGUAAAGAAAGAGGACUUUUGCAUAGUGCCAAGUGGGCUUCUGAGUUGGCCUUUGCUCUAGAUCCUCUUCCCAAAGAUGCAUUACCAUCACCGCAUUCUAUUUCAGAGGAGGACAUACAAGACGUUGAUGCACUAACACUGGCCAAAUCUUACUUUGAUUUGAAAGAAUACGAUCGUGCAGCUUUCUUUUUGAAGGGGUGCACCAGUCAGAAGGCUUACUUCCUCUACAUGUAUUCACGUUAUCUGUCUGGUGAGAAAAAGAAGGAUGAUGAGACAGUUGACAGCCUUGGUCCUCUGGAGAAGGGUCAGGUCCGCAAUGAAGCUUUGCGAGAACUGAGGGUGGAGCUGAGUAAGAAGCACAACGCAGGAGAGCUGGAUGGUUUUGCAUUAUAUUUGUAUGGAGUUGUGCUUCGAAAGCUGGAUCUGCUGAAAGAGGCAGUGGAAGUUUUUGUUGAAGCAAUUCACGCUCUUCCUCUUCACUGGGGGGCGUGGCUAGAACUCAGCAACCUCGUCACCAACAUUGAAAUGCUAAAGUCUCUGUCUUUGGCCAACUGCUGGAUGAAGGACUUUUUCAUGGCCCACAUGUACACAGAGCUGCAGAUGAUCAAGGAGGCGCUCCAGAAGUACCAGAACCUCAUGGACGCCGGCUUCACCAAGAGCACUUACAUCAUCUCGCAGAUGGCAGUCGCCUACCACAAUAUCCGAGAUAUUGACCAGGCGGUGGCUCUGUUUAACAAGCUGAGAGAGCACGAUCCCUAUCGCAUCGACAACAUGGACACCUUCUCCAACCUCCUCUAUGUCAAAAUCAUGAAACCAGAGUUGAGCUACUUGGCCCACACGUUGGUUGAGAUUGACAAGUACAGAGUGGAGACAUGCUGUGUUAUUGGCAACUACUACAGCUUGCGCUCGCAGCACGAAAAGGCCGCACUCUAUUUUCAGCGCGCCCUCAAACUGAAUCCUCGCUGCCUGAGCGCCUGGACCCUCAUGGGCCACGAGUACAUGGAGAUGAAGAACACAUCUGCAGCCAUCCAAGCUUACAGACACGCAAUUGAAGUGAACAAGCGGGACUAUCGAGCCUGGUACGGCUUAGGUCAGACUUAUGAGAUUCUCAAGAUGCCCUUCUACUGUCUCUACUACUAUCGAAAGGCUCAUCAGCUCAGGCCCAAUGACUCGCGCAUGUUGGUUGCACUGGGCGAAAGCUAUGAAAAACUGUCCCAGACAGCUGAAGCUAAGAAGUGUUACUGGAGGGCGUACUCUGUCGGAGAUGUAGAAAAGAUGGCGCUACUUAAACUGGCAAAGCUUCAUGACCAGCUGAAUGAAAAUGAUGACGCUGCCCAGAGUUACAUGCUUUACACCCAAGACGUCUUCUCCUGUGGAGAACAGUUGGAGCACACCGAGGUGAGCACAGCCCUCAAAUACCUUGGUCAGUACUAUUUCAAGAACAAACUCUACGACGAGGCAUCCGUCUGUGCCCAGCGCUGCUGCGACUACAAUGAUGCACGAGAGGAGGGGAAGGCUUUGCUGAGGCAGAUCUCUCAAGUGAGAGAUCAGACAGAGCCACUGUCGGGCGAUCUGUUUCCACCACUCCCCAACAACAAUAACAACAAUACAACACCCGUUAGGAGGGUGUCGCCCCUCAAUGUGCUUCCAAUUUCCUUUACACCUUGAGACUGCUGCUUGUUUCCUGACCUUUCCAAGUGUUGCUAAAAAAUUGAACACCUGAUACUGUUCAAAAGCUUUAUUACUGUUGUUAGAUAUUAAAAUGCUUGUUUCUAAAAUAGUAAGCUUC